AUGUUUUGUGGUGCUUUAAGUGUCAGCGUCAAUCCACUAAACGAAACGGCUGAGUUCCUAUGGAAUCUGUCCAAUUUUGCUUUGCAAAGCAGGCAGGCUCAUAGUCAGUAUCCUUAUCCUUAUUCCUAUAAAUAUCCUGGGAAAUAUCCUGCGUAUUACCAAAAUUAUCCUACAAAAACAUACGGUCAAUAUCCAGGUUCAAACUACAUUGCUUCGUAUGGUAAUUAUCCUUACCCAUACAAACUGCACAGUCAAGGGCAUUUUUCUUACAAACCUGCAUCUUCCUACGGGUACCCAUCAGGAUCAAAUCCUUAUCCAAACAUAUUCCAGCACCUCCAAAAGCCUAAAGAAUCGAUAAUGGAAGUCCUGUAUUCUAUAGCUAGAAAUGAUGAUCUCCAAUGUGUGCCUAAACUAAUUUGUGAAGCUACUUCAGGUACAUUAUCGGGGCGACAGCAAGGCUUGAACUUACCAAUAAACGUCAACAUGGAAUCUCUGCUGAGUUUCCUCUCUACUUUAAACGGUGUUCAAUCCUCACCACUGCUAUAUUUUGGAAAAGCUGCCUUGCUAGGUUUUACAUCAAAGGGUAACACAGGGACCUGUAAUUAUGCUUACCCAGAGUGCCCUUCAGAUCCUGACAGAGUCGUGAAAUAUUUAAAUAACCAUAACGGAGGCUUCUUUCGCUUUUUCAAUGCUAAUCCCGCUCAAAAUUUUCCUCAGAAUUACCAUCAGAUUCCUUACAGGAACAAAGCAAUUGCAGAGCAAAGGAUUCAGAACAACGCUGUGGACUAUAUACCAAAUCAUAUAAGGUACCAAAACGGUAUAACAUUUCCUAAGGAAGAUGUAUCACAUUUUCAGGACCAUCACGGCUUUAGAUCGGAGAAGGCUCUUAAAUUCCCUAGCAACGAUUUUAUAUACAACAAUGAACUAAAUCAAGACGUAAGCGAUUUCUCGUUCCACUCACACAGUGGUUUGAAGUUUCCAAGUGAGGAAAACUAUGAACAUUUUACGAGAAGACCGAAAGAAUUACUUUACCAUAACUCCGACUACAAUCUGGACUUUCAGAAGCCUUUACCAAAUCACAAGGUUACUCCCAUGAUUUUUCCAGUGAGGACUGGCACAGGGGAUCUGAGACUGGAUCCUGAGGAGCUCCUAGAUUACCAAAGGCCGGUUUCUUAUGUGGAUGAAGACGUGAGGAUAAUUUUCAAUGGAGUCAAUCACGAUGACCGACGUAAUGAGUAUGGGAGAGGUUUCAGUUUUCCACCGUGA